ACUAAUUGGGAAGACAUGUUUAGUAAUGAUCUGAUAUUAGAGUCUUUCAUGGUGACGUUUCCUGCAGUGAUCGAGUCGGGAUCUGAGGCCAAACUGUGUGCAAGUCUUCUCAAGCCCAAUGAAAGCCUUGUCAUGAACAUUUAUCUGGUUCAUGGUGACCAGAGCACUUUACUGCUACAGGAGAAAGCUGAAGAAGAGUUUCACAGCUGCUUUAACUUUCAGACACCUCUGGUAGAAGCAGAAUCAGUGCAGACAAUGAAGGUAGAACUUCAGGGGAAGAACUUCAAGAUGACUGAAGAGAGAAAAGUCGUGUUCAGACGUUACAACCCUUUGACUUUCAUCCAGACUGAUAAACCCAUCUAUAUUCCAGGACAGACAGUGAUCGAGUCGGGAUCUGAGGCCAAACUGUGUGCAAGUCUUCUCAACCCCAAUGAAAGCCUUGUCAUGAACAUUUAUCUGGUUCAUGGUGACCAGAGCACUUUACUGCUACAGGAGAAAGCUGAAGAAGAGUUUCACAGCUGCUUUAACUUUCAGACACCUCUGGUAGAAGCAGAAUCAGUGCAGACAAUGAAGGUAGAACUUCAGGGGAAGAACUUCAAGAUGACUGAAGAGAGAAAAGUCGUGUUCAGACGUUACAACCCUUUGACUUUCAUCCAGACUGAUAAACCCAUCUAUUAUUCCAGGACAGACAGGUGAGCUGUGAAUUUUUGA